AUGACUCCUAAAACUCUUCGCAUCCUCGUCCUCCCCGGCGACCAUGUCGGCCCUGAAAUCAUGGCCGAGGCCCUCAAAGUCCUCGACGUGAUUGAGGCCAGUCGUCCAGACUUGCGCUUCGAGCGCGACAUGGACAUUGUCGGCGGCUGCAGUAUUGACAAGCACGGCACACCCAUCACUGACGCUGUCCUCGACAAGGCCGUUGCCAGCGAUGCUGUGCUCUUCGGCAGCAUCGGCGGCCCAGAGUGGGCGGGCGCUGACCCUACACCUGAGUCGGGACUUCUGAAGUUGCGCCAGAAGCUCGAUGCCUUCGCCAACCUAAGGCCAUGCGAGAUUCUCGUCCCGAGUCUUGUCAGCGCCUCACCAAUUAAGCCUGAGCUUAUUGCAGGCACCAAUUUCAUUGUGGUGAGGGAAAACUGCGGCGGUGCGUACUUUGGCGUGAAGAAGGAGGAGGCAGACGUUGCAUCUGACCUGUGGGUGUACUCGCGGUCAGAGGUUGAGAGGUUGGCGCGAGUGAGCGCUGCUGUCGCCAGAAUUCUGCAUGCUAGCACCGGCGCCGAGGGCAAGCCGGUUGUCUGGAGCGCCGACAAGGCCAAUGUCCUUGCGAGCGGGCGACUUUGGCGUCGUGCGACAACAGAUGUCUUCGAAAAGCAGCUAUCCGACGUGGAGCUGAAGCAUCAGCUCGCUGACAGUCUGGCCAUGUUGAUGGUCAAGGACCCCAAGCGCUUCAACCACAGCGUCAUUCACACGGACAACACCUUCGGCGACGUCCUCUCUGACAUCUCAGGUGGUCUCACAGGCACAUUAGGCGUCCUGCCCAGCGCCAGUCUCGCCGGUGUUCCUGGAGAGGGCUCAUGUAAGGGCCUAUACGAGCCAGUCCACGGUAGCGCGCCGGACAUCUCGGGCAGGGAUCUCGCGAACCCUGUCGCCGAGAUUCUGAGCCUAGCUAUGAUGCUACGGUACUCGUUCCUACUGGAGAAAGAGGCCGCUGCUGUGGAGCAGGCUGUCAUCAAAGUGCUCGACGCGAAGGAGAAUGGCGGAUUAGAGAUGAGAACUGGAGAUCUGGGGGGUAGUGCAAAGUGCAGCGAGGUUGGGGAUGCAGUUUGUCAAGUGCUGAAGGGGUUAUUGAGGUGA